AUGUUGAAACCUCGCGCACUGGUCGACAUUUUAAACCAGGCCAACACCGGCGGCGUCCGCAGCUCGUUGCUGUUGAACCAGGACGGCGUUCUUCUCGCCUUCUCCGGCGCCGUCAACCGGGAAUUCAAGGACGCCCGCGUCAAGUCCGCCAUCGCGUCGACGGUGUGGAAUGCCUACGAACGCACCGGAAGAGCCGCCUUCAACGAAUCCGGACUCAACACGUUGCUGAUUGAGAAUGACGAGGGGGUUUGCGUCGUGACGAAGGUGUCGAGCUUGUUGCUGUGUUUAUUCGCUGACGAGGGCGUCGGAUUCGGCAUUCUCAAGGCCAAGGCGGAGAUCAUUGCGAAAUACCUGGAGGAACCUCUGCAGAAAGUGUCGGCGUGCUGA